CCUACUACACACUAAAGGCCUCACUCUAUCUUCCCACAGUUUUGCACAUUAUACCUCAAGGAAAGGGACUAAGCCACUCAUCUCUUCCAGUGUGUAGUUAUUGGGUGACAUGUUAAGACAAUAGAAGGGACAUGGGUUGAGAUCAAGGGGCAAUCAGUAUUGGAACUGGGAAGGUGAUUAGCCAUGUGGUCUUUUUGGGCAUAUGGAAAGAAAGGAACAUGCAGGUCUUUCAAUGUCAUCCUUUGAGGCCUUGAGAGCCCGGGUUUUAUUUCUCCCCAGUUCAUGGAUGUUGGCCACUGAUGAACUAAAUGGAGUCUUAGCAGAUGGCAUGAAACUAAGUCUCACACAAACCCUUCUCUUGGCACCUGGGAUCCCUUCCAGAUAUCAGGACCUUCCCCCUCCCAAUUUCAAGGAGAUUCUGCUACUGUUUGAUAGUAGUUCAUUUUGAAACCUGGGUUGUGUAGGUAGGGCUGAUGGUAGCAUCUUUUGGGCUUUUCGCAGUGCUUUCGGCUACAUGCAUUCCUUGUAAGCAGAAGUGAGUGUUCUUCUUGUGGGGUUCAAAUUGCAAAGUUGGGGUUGACUCUUUCUUGUGCUUUUGAAUGGGACUGAGUAAAAGUCACUAGAUGGAUUGAGUCGACAGGAAGCAGCUCUUGGUAUCUAGCCAACUUCUCAAAAGAAAUAAGGGAGAUAUUAGCAGUAAAAAGGGUGCAUAUUUGAUGGAAACUUUAGAGCUGAAUUUUAUGGCUGUGUUCUUGUAAAGGCUGGGAUUGAUAUAUAGAAAAGGGAAAAAAGGGGAAAAUCAGAUUAUAGUUUUGAUAUUCAACCUAAGUGUUUUUGCUUUCAGAAUUAAAUAUGUUCUGCGAAUUUAGCUUUAGCUUGUAAUGGUAAUGUUCUUGGCUUGUGAAUAAUUGUACCUCUUCUGUGCAGUUUUUCUUGUUAAGAUUUGUUGUGUUCUUAAAUUCUGUUUGCUUCAGUAGAAUGGCGAGUGAAAAUCCUGUUGAAGGUUCCAGUAUGAAUGAAGUUAUUGAUGAAGGUUCAGGUUCAACUGUUGAACUCAAUUAUCAAGACUCUGGACUCACAGAUAACACAUUUCAUGUGGACAAGAAUUCGAAUAGUUCAAAUUCCACUCAAGACAUUGAAACAGAAGCAACUCAUAGUCAUGGCAUUGUUGAUGGCAGAACACUAUCUGGAAAUCAAGCACAGCAUGGGCAUACAUUUCUAAAUCACCAAUUUCAAUUGGAAGCGGUUGCAGUGCCUUUUCCUUUACUUAAUAUGGUAGUCUCCUGCUUCCUCUUUCACACUGUUUGCAUGUAAAAAGAGCAGAAAGUGGCUUAAGUAAAAUUUGGUUAUUCUUAAUUCAUUUUCUGUUGGUCCUCCAUUCUCUUGACAUGUUAAUAUAGUCCCCCAUUUUCUGUUACUGCUCUAGUUAGAAAAAGUGAUUUGUUACACAUUAAGGGGCUAGAAGAGCUUGGGGUAGGCCAACA